AUGUCGAAAGGUGCAGAGCACCUCAAAGAUGAAGUAGACAGAGAUCCCAAGCCGAGGACACGUCUGCUGAUAUUGGUACAGGGCAGCAAGAAACAGGUCAUCCUUGCUGGUGGCAUCGCUGGCCUGGUCUCACGGUUCUGCAUUGCACCUCUCGACGUGGUCAAGAUACGCCUCCAGCUUCAAACCCAUUCUUUAUUUGAUCCGCUUGCACACAAAGGCACCAAUGGUCCGAUAUACAAGGGUACUCUUUCAACACUGAAAGCUAUUUUGCGGCAAGAAGGCAUAACGGGGCUGUGGAAGGGCAACAUUCCGGCAGAACUUCUCUAUGUUUGCUAUGGAGGUCUCCAAUUCACUACCUAUCGCAGUGUCACUCAGCUCCAGUCAGGAUUACCACGUCGACUACCUCCUUCCGUAGAGUCUUUCAUAAGCGGUGCUUCCGCAGGCGCAGUAGCAACAGCCGCCACAUAUCCUUUGGACUUGCUUAGGACGAGGUUUGCUGCUCAAGGCAACGAGAAGGUCUACACAUCCCUCCUCGCCUCCAUCAGAGAUAUUGCCCGUCAUGAAGGUCCACGAGGCUUCUUCCAAGGCUUGGGUGCUUCCGUUGGGCAAAUCGUACCUUACAUGGGCCUUUUCUUUGCAAGCUAUGAAUCAUUAAGGCUGUUGCUGGGCUCUCUCGAGCUUCCACUCGGAUCUGGAGACGCUACAGCCGGGAUCCUAGCAAGUACACUCUCGAAGACGGGCGUCUUCCCACUUGAUCUGGCAAGGAAGAGACUGCAGGUUCAGGGUCCUACUAGGACACGAUACAUCCAUCGCAACAUUCCAGAGUACAGAGGCGUGUUUCAUACUCUGCAAACGGUUAUGGAGAAGGAAGGAUUUCGGGGGAUGUACAGGGGUUUAACGGUUAGUUUGGUGAAGGCAGCUCCUGCAAGUGCUGUGACCAUGUGGACAUAUGAACGAGCUCUGCAGUUUUUGAUGCGAAAGGAGAUAAUGGACGAAAAUAAAGACAAGAGCUAUACUUCCAACAUGACCUCUUCCGAGAGUAUUCUGUGUCGAGGUCUACCAUCGAAGAUUACAAGCACCAUCCUUAGGCCAACGCUGUGGUUAACCGCCAUGCACGUGCUGGCAUGUCUGUUGUAG